AGAGAGAGAGAGGAGAGCGGAGAGCCACCGAGGAGGCAGGAGGAAGAAUUAUGGAAAGGGUCCUGGAUCGGCAGCGGCGGCGGCGAGGGCGGUCCUCCUCCCUAUUCUCGGGGUACCGACCCCGGGUGAGAUGCCGUCUCCUUGGGCACUACAGCUCCUUCUUGCUCGUGGCUUCGCUGCUCCUAUGGCUCCCGGCUUCUGGCAGCCCCUCUGAUGAACCUGUCUCUGAUGAUGCGUUAUUGUCAGGCAUGAUACGUGAGCACAGUUUGGGACUAAAUGACACAGUGGAUACUGCCUUUAUGAAGCAAGACGAGGGAACCUUAAUAAACAGCACCUCUGUGGAAUCUGCUUUGCAGUCAAGUUUGAACCUGAAAGAAAGAAUCCACCUAAAUUCUGAAGAGGCCAUAACACAAAUAAAAGACCUCAGUCAGUCAGGGAAGGUUGUGCUGUCUGAUUACCCCAAACAUUCAGCCAUUCAUAAUCUAGAAGUUACUCCUUUGAUGGAAUUAGCAAUAAUGGUGACUGAAGAGUACCAAACAACAACAUCCCUGCAUUCAAUAGCACCAACACCAUCAGUGAUUCCAGUUGGUUUUCUGAGUAGCAGUGCCACCAGGCAAUCUUCAGAACUCCCCAUCUCAUCAGUACUACUUUCAAGUUCCAUCUUGAUUUAUCCAUUAUCCCUUUUAACAAUGUCGGACAUACCUAUUCUGGCAUCAAGCAAACUGCCAUCUGAACCUGUGAGUCCACUGUUCUCUUCAGUUGCAGUCAGUAACCAGAAAGCAUGGCAACCUACCAUAAGUACAGUAAUGGCAGAUUUGGACACCAUGGAGCACAGUGAAACAGUGCUCUUUAGUUACAUUGACAGUACAUCUUAUAGAACAGAGACCAUCUUUCCUCAUUAUAUGGAAGAUCCUACUGAAGAAAAUGAGAUCUCUCCGACCUCAAGCAGCAAAGAAAAGUUUGAAAUCACUGGAGAAUCUUCUGUUGAUCAUGUUGAAAUGUCAAUCCAUAAUGCUUUAACACCAGAACUUGUUCCUAAAAUAAGUUCAAGAUUUGACUUACCUAAACUGUUGCUAUCUGAUAGUAAUUCUGUAAAAGAUGGAGUGAUACUGACGGCGUUUAAUAUGCCAGUGCUUUCCACUCAUCUAUUUACAUCCCUUUCUACUCAUAGAGCUUCAUUUUCUCCAUCUAGCUUUUUUCACACACAAUCAUUUGGUAAUGAUUUUGGCUCUGGCGAUGACCCAGAAAUUACAACACUCAGUCUAUCAAACACUGCUGGGUUUAUUCUGGCAUCCAGUUUGGUCUUUGAUUCAUUUGAAUCAGAACUGCUAGAACCUGAAGUCUAUGACACUCACUUUCUACCAAGGCCAGUUCCAACAGUUUCUUCAAAAUUAGCAGCUUUGUCUGUGCCAUCAUUGACAUUCUUAUCAUACUACACCAUCAGUCCAGCAACUACCAAUCCUGCAAGUCAAUCAUUGUAUUCAUCUUUUGAGGAUAAUUUAGAUAUUAGCGCAGUUAGUUCUUCAUUGCUGAUGGAUGAAACCCCAGCAUUGGCACCUACAGCUAGUGAGUAUUUGCCGUUUGUCAUAACUAGUGAGCGUUUGAAACCAACUUUAGUUCUGAAUGAAAAUACAAAUUAUCCUUCACCAGUGACUACACGCUUACCAGAUUUCUUAGCAAGUGAAUCCCUUGAACUGACCAGCAUCCUAGAACCACCUCUGGGUUUGGUUUCCUCAUUGAUAAAUGUCUUGUCAACAGAAGCAAGUAGUUUCCCAGCGACAGAAUACUUAAGUUUAUUUGAAUCACAACUAAAAACUUUUGCCAUGUUUGAGACAAUGACUUUUGAGAAAUUAUUGAGUACUUUAACUUUGGAAUCUUCAUUUCUAAAACCAGAGCCCACAACAUUGAAUAUACUGGCAACAUCUGCUCAUCAAACAAAUCUUGCAGUAAUUCUUGAAUCUUCUUUCAUCAGUGUCUGUUCUAAAAGUAUUUUAGAAAUGACACCAUCUUUCGAGUCAGUGUCUCCUUCACUUGAAGCAAUACAACCAACAUUAAUGCCAUCUAUUUUUGAAUCAAGUCUCUCAGAUGGCAGCAUUUUAAUCAGUUCAGGUUUUUUAGCUUCCUCAGUUGCUGGCACCACAUAUCCUGUGAUUAUUCCAAGUUCCACUGUUGAGCUGCCAUAUUCUUCCAUUUCAACCCCACAUAUUUUUCCAGAUGUUUCUCCAUCAUCUACAGAGACAGUUUGGAUUGCAACUUCACUCUUGCUGACACCAUCUCCUCCACCAAUCGGGACCUUUUCACAUCCCACGGUUAUGACAAUGUUGACUGAACCAACCACCAAAAUUCCAAUUGGAAACUCUUCGGAUCCAACUCCUAUGACUAUAUUGACUGUACCAAGCACCAAAAUCCAAAUCAGCAAUCUUACAGCCACCCCUAACAGGAGUGGCACAACCUUGCCUGCCAGCAGUACAGCUUCAAGACCCACUUCCCCCACUACUGCUGGAACAGUAGUUUCGGCAACAGCUCAGAAUUUUGUGUGUGAUGUUAAUGAACCUGAUUCUUACCUCGUGACAGCAGUGCUCUCUAGCAAGGUGACGACACCGCAGGAUGUGGUCCGAUCAAUUAAGGAUGUACUGAGUCAACAUUUCGAACGGCAUGUGGAACUUCAGGUUCACCAAAUGCAUCAAGAGCUCAAGUUCAUGGUGACCGCAGGCUCUGUUGUUUUCUCUGGACCAGCUGUGCUUAAUUCUCUCAUUCGAACCACGCUUGUUAGUGGCGACUCCCCACUCAUCCUUUCUCUCCAGCCAGCUCUGGCUGUGCCAGACCACCAGGCUCAGGUUCAAAUUGUUCUCCAGUUUGUCCCUCGUUAUGUUGAUGUGAGAUUUUGCAACUUCACUCAGAGAAUUGAGAAAGGAUUGACAAUGGCAUUUGCAGAAGUGCACAGAAGGCGACAGGAAAGAGAAGGCUUUACUGUCCAGGUUAUAAAUGUUACCCAUGCAGUGAAGAAUUUUGGAGGAUCACGGCAAGGCCCUGUAAAUAUAACCUUUGCUAUCAAUAGUCCGAGAGGCUUCCUGAAUGGCUCUGAUGUGAGCGACUUGCUAAGGAUACUGAACCUGGUGGAAUUUAGUUUUUAUCUGGGAUUUCCUGUACUAAAGACAGCCGAGCCCAUCUAUUACCCUGAACUUAACCGGUCACACCUGCUGAAGGCUUCCUGGAUAAAGACAGUACUUCUAGGUGUGCACGACAACCACAUACAGGACAAAACCUUCCAAGCUGAACUUGAACGAAAACUAGCCCAGCUUAUCAGUGAAGCAGCUGGAUCAGGAAGACGUCAGAAGAGAGCCAGCACCUUGGGGAAUAACACUGUCCAGGUCGUGAAUAUCACCAAGAUCACUGGUGAUGGGAACCCAACUGAGCUGAUUUACUUUGUGGAAAAGCAGAAUGGGGAACGCCUUGGUGCAAAUGAAGCUGCCAACCUUAUCAACAAGGUGGAUAUACAGAGAGCAGCAAUUGUCCUAGGUUAUCGUAUACAAGGUGCACUGGCACAACCGGUGGAGAUCAUUGCCACCUCUUCCCCGACAGAUGAGAAUAAGAACCUGUGGAUCAUCGUGGCAGUGAUGGUGCCAGUAAUUGUGGUGGUUGUCAUCAUCACGAUCUUGUACUGGAAGUUCUGUAGGACAGACAAGCUGGAGUUUCAGCCAGACACCAUGAGCAACAUUCAGCAAAGGCAAAAGCUGCAAGUGCCAAGUGUUAAAGGCUUUGACUUUGCCAAGCAGCAUAUUGGACAGCAUGGUAAAGACGACAUACUGGUUAUCCACGAAGGGCUUCCACCUCCCCCAGCAAAAGACACCACACCAUCAGAGAACGGUGAUGUGUCCAGUCCUCAGCCUAAGGCAGCCAAACUCUCCAAGGGCCUUCGACAAAGAAGCAGAGUUUCACCAUCAGAAGCUGAGUCCACAGCCAGUGAACGGUCCAGCGGGAGAGAGUCCAUCGAAGAUAUUCCUAGACCCCCUGCAACUCCCACUGGUGGCAAUAGACACAUGGUGAUCAGGAAUGGACCUGCUCAGUUAAGCAGGACUGAUGAGCAGCCUUCAUCGGCUUCAAUCUUCGACCAUGUUGACAGGAUGUCACGCCCUUCUGAGGCAAGCAAGCGGCUACCAAGCAAGAUUCAGCUCAUAGCCAUGCAACCAAUUCCAGCACCUCCUUUACAGAAUCCAUUGCUUCCCGAACGAGUUGCCGAAGCAAACAAACUAAAUAAAGAGGUUCAGAGAGCUUUGAGACAGAAAUCCGAAAUUGAGCAUCACCGCAAUAAGAUCAGACUGCGAGCCAAAAGGAAAGGACACUAUGACUUCCCCAUCAUGGAUGAAGUUGGUACCGUUGACACCAAGGAAAGGCGCAGAGCCUACCGCAGGGCACAGGUUCACAUUGAUAGAAUCCUCGAUCCCAGUAUUGAUGGCCCGUCUGUCCUUGUUGAACCGAGAAAAAGUUAUCGUGCUAAAAGGUCUCCAAGACAGAGGAGGAGGCAUCAGGUCAAUGGCAGCAUGAUGGAUGCAGAAAAAGAUAGGUUGAUAACCACGGACAGUGAUGGGACCUACAAAAAACCACCUGGUGUGAACAAUACAGCUUAUGUUUCGGACCCUGACCUGCCUCCGGAGCCUAGACCUCAUUCUCCGUCACACACACACCCUCCCCCUCUUGCUCCCCCACCAUACAUUCCACCACAACCAUCCAUUGAAGAGGCAAGGCAGCAGAUGUACUCUCUGCUCGAUGAUGCAUUUGCUUUGGCAGCUCCAGGUAGUCCUGGAAAAGUCCUGUCAGCAGUCUGCCUUGGUCAGCCAGCCACCAGCACUCCUAUCAGGGGAACCAGAGUGUCUGCUAACAGCCACUGGACUCCAGUGUAUGAACAACCCCAGAGUCUCAGCAAUCCAUAUGUCACGAGAUAUGAAGAAACAGGAAUGAAUCCACCUUCUGGAGCAGGUCACCUGCACAACCAUGGCACUGGAUAUAUCCAGCCAGGAGAGGAGAUGAGGAAGGAGCACUCCCAGCAGGAAGCAAUAUAUUCAAACAGGCCUAUAUAUGCUGAAGAAUUCCAGACACGAUCCUCAGCUCACAAUCCAGGUAUUCAAGCCUAUCCAGCGCCACAGAGCCGCAUGGAUGGUAGAAUGGGCUCCCAGCCAGGACAGAUGCGUGUUGGAAGACCUGGACCAGCAGGAGAUGCUGGUUGGUCACCUUAUGGCCUUGAAGAUGGACUAAUUCAGACUGCUCCAAACAGAGAGCCUCCAAGCACUCGGGAGCACCUGGACUAUGUCUCGCCACUAUUUCAAAUACAGAGGACAUCUCUCCGUGACCCUUCAGCACCAUCUUUGCACCUGCAGCACAGCAAUGCUCCACACCCUGGGGCAAGCUUUGGCUCCACCUGCACAGAAGACCUCACGCCUGGUCAAUCUUCUACAUCGCUCAUUAAAGCUAUCCGUGAAGAGCUGCUUAGACUUUCACAAAAACAGUCAGCUUUUCAGAACCUUCACAGCUGAUCUUGGCAAGGCGGAACUCCUGAGCUAUUUGCUUCCCAUGGAAGCCAAACACAGAAAUCUGGGAUAUAGUCCUGAAGAAGGUGUACUGUAGGGUAAAUAGUAUUAUUGACAUGCAAAAAUGUCCAGCACAGUUUUUUAUCGACGUGCUUCCAAACAAAGUUGCCGCCUUCUUUUCAGUCUACAUUGGUGGUUUUCUUCCAGUGUGUGAACUAAAUCCAUCCGUUGUGGAAAUUGCACAUUAUCUUCUCUUGUGGGGAAAGGGACAGGAGCUAGAGCUUGUCUGACAUGAGCUAGCUGUUGCAAAACUUCUUAAAUUUCAUUAAGCAGAAGCACUAGAAAACAACACCAGCAAGCAAAAGGUGAGACUGCCUUUCUAUCUUGGACACCAACUUCUCUUACCUUGGUCACACCCCAAUUCCACCCCACUUCUUACAGCCUGCUGAAUCCUAGAGCUGUUGAACUUCGAAAAUCGGGAAGCAAAAGGGAAAGGAACAGAUGGAUAAAAGAAAUGGAAGGGAAAGAGUUCACAGAAUUUGAGAGAAGGACACGAUGAUCAAUGGCAAGAAGAAAAGAAAGAUGGUAAAACAUGAAGAGAUGAGUUUCAGAGGAAGAAUACUUGAACAUGAAACAAUGGGCAGUUAGCCCUAGAUAGGUGAUUUUUUUUUUCACAUGUAAUAAAUGCAAAAUAGAAAUUGGUUCUAAGCAUGUAGGUCAGUAAGCAUUUACUAGUCAUUGUGUCAUGCUGUUGAGGAUGAUUUUUUUAAAUUGAGAAAUCAAGUUGAAGGGACGCAGUCCACAGUGCAACUUGAACCGAGUAUGAGGCAAUCGGAAUCAGAUUAACAAUUAGCUGAUGCUGAGCUUGUAUUUUAAAAGCCAAGAGGAGUGGAAAGUCCAGGACAGAUAAAGUUAUGCAGUUUAAUGCUGGGAAAGAUUAUGAUAUAAAAGUCCUUUUGUUGAAGUGCAUUCUCGACCGAAUAAGGUGGUAAUUAUAGUAUGUACCGACUGUGGUGGGGAUUUUUUUUUUUUUGUUUUUGUUUUUUUUAUUCACUCAUAGGACUGACCAGCAUUUAUUGCCCAUUCCUAAUU